AUGGAUGUGGGAAGUGUGGCCAUCUUCUGUGUAAUAUUCAUCACCGGUUUUCCAGGAAACACCAUCAUCCUGGCAGCAUAUGCCACUAAACCCCAAAAGAAGAGCACGGACCUGUUGAUUAUAAUCCAAGCCUUGGUAGAUCUGACUGCUUGUAUCAUCCCUCAGUCUGAGAUGAUCAGUGGCGUGGUUAUCUGCUGGAUGACUCUAAUUAUCCGACUCUCAACAAAUCUUGGUACUCUCUUCUUGACUUUCGUUAUUGCUGUCGACAGGUAUGUUACAGUCUGCAAACCUUUUGGCCGUCAUCUGACGAAAACCCAAGCCGUUGUUCUUGCGAUAGCAAGUCUGGCAUUCUCCCUCCUCAUCAAUCUUGCAACACUUGGGUACUUUAAAGUCAUAAAAGUCGAAGACGUAACAUCGGCGGGGUGCAUCUGGACUUAUGCUGUCGCGUCUCCACUACAGAUUUCUAUGAACGUACUCCAAACCGUCUUGUUCUUUGUUGCGGUGGCCGUAAUCAUGUUUUCUUACACUAAGAUAUUCACAUUGAUACGUCGGCAAGCCCGGGUCAGAACCGAAAUGGAUGCUGGUCUUGCAAGCCACACUGUUACCAGAACGACUUCUAUAAUAGGAACCAUUUCUGAGUCUGUUACGGCAUCUGGUAGAGGUUCCAGGAAGGCAUGGAAAAAUAACAUUGCACCAACAGCAAACAUGCAAUCCUCCCUGAUAAAUGAAAGCAGCGGAGUUCAGAAUCCGGGUUAUCUAGAAGUACCAUCCCCUAGACCUGGUGGUGAACCUUCCAACUCUGUGCGUACGCUCUCCAAUUCUCCUGAAGGACCCGUUGCUGGGAGGGAUGGACCGUCUUCGGCAAGUAUGGAGAUAGCUGCUGCUCAAAGUUCCGCUGCAGCCGCUGGACACCCGAGUCAACCUGGAGAAAACAGCGGAUCUAAUAGACCUACCAGAAGGGUCCAUGGCGACCGGACAACUAAAAUGCUUCUUUUUAUCACCGUACUCCUUAUUGUGUCUUGGGUACCGUACGUCCUCAUCUUUUCUCUCCCCGCUCACGCUUACAUCUACCUUGUGACAAGAAUCAUAAGCUAUAAGGUUGUCUACUCUAUCACUCGUAUCAGAGGCUUUAAUCACAUGAUCAACGCCUUCGUCUACUGGGCCGUAAAUCCUGUUUUCAGACAAGACGUCAAGCGAGUUUUCAUCCAUCUUAGGAAGUUGACGAACCGAUAA